AUGUGCGACAACAUCCAAAAUUGUUGCAGGAUAUGCCUGGCUGUUGAUGCAGACCGCGUCCCCAUAUUGGGAGAUCCCACAAUUUGUCUACAGUUGAAAUCUUGCCUUACAAUGUCUGUAUCAUCUUUAGACCAUCUUCCAAAGGAAAUUUGCAUGUCCUGCGUGUCGCAACUGAAUCAGUUCUAUAAAUUCCAAAUCAACGCUCGCUGCUCGCAGGACUGGCUUGAAUCAUCUUUGCAGGAAAUGUUAAAAAAGAAUUCGGAAACUAAAACUCCUAUACAACCUCUUCCGGACUCAGAAUAUAAUUCUGAUUCGCUGCUAGAGUUCUUGAAUAACACCGCUAAUAUCGAAGAAUACCUGAAUAACCUUGGCAGAGAAGAUAUACCUUCAAUAGUUAAUAUGUUGGACAGAAAUGAACAAGCUACAGAAGUUCCAAAGGUGACAAAUUUGAAAACAAUAAAAAAUUCGAGUCCCACAAAGGACAAGAUAAAAAGUUGUAAAAAAUUGAAAAUCGACAUACUUGACUCAGAUGUAGAUAUUGUAAAAGGUAUAAUACAGAAAGAAACAGACUCAAAAAUCAAAACUAAUAGCAAUAAAACUGACAAAAACUUCACAUGUUUUGCUUGUAAAACAAAGUUUGAAAACAUUCAAAAGUUAUCCCAGCAUUUGAGUGUAUGUGAUACUGCCUUACGUACUUGUAUGCAAUGUCAUGCACUCUUUGAUUCAAAGUUAAAACUCAAUCAACAUAUGUUGACACACACCACUUCCCUCUCAUGCAACUGUGGGGAACAGUUCUUAAAUAAACCCAGCCUUAUACAACACCGUAAAACCUGUCAGGGAGAUUUGUUAGCUGGUUUCAUAUUCCGCUGUAAAGAAUGUGGUGACAGUUUUAAAGACCGUUUUCAGUUAUACAGGCAUGCCAAAGACCAUUUAUUGAAGGUGCAGCACAGAAUUUGUGAUAUAUGUGGACACACCUUUGUAAGUGAAGAAACCUUACUGGAGCACAAAAAGGAAGAACAUGAGAAAUCAGUUAAUUCAAUGUACAGGUGCAAAGUAUGCAGUUACAUAUCUGCAGACCAUAAGGAGAUAUUUAUCCAUGUGAAAAAACACACCGAGCGUCCUGAACCACACCGCCAUCUUUGCGAAUCCUGUGGCAGGAGCUUCGCCACACGCGCGUCCCUCAUCCGCCACUCGCAGCAACACGAUCAAAAUAGAAUUAAAUGCCGAAUAUGUGGUGCAACCUUUAGUGGUGAAAGAGAGCUGGAGGUCCAUGUGCUGGAACACGUCGAGAUGGUCAUGUGUGAAAGAUGUGGUCAAACUGUGAUUAAUUAUAAGUUGAAUGAGCAUAGGUGUUAAUCCUAAUAUGAUCAAAUGCUUUUUUUUUAAUAAUAAACAACAGUUAAUAUCAUACGAUUUAUUAAAUCUAAAGAUUAUUACAAAUUAUUGUAUAACUACUGUAAGGCCGUCUAUUCCUUCUUCCUUUGGUAAAACGCAUAUAAAAUGAAAAUUUUUAAAUUCAAAUAAACAACCUUCGAUUCGAAA